AAAGAAAAUUUGGUUAAUUUCGAGAAAUCAUCUCGUCAAGAUGAUAUUUUUCCGCAAUCUAUUGGUAGUAGCUCUGAUUGCUUCGGUGAUCAUGACUUUGUUGGUCGAGGCGGCAAAUGAUAAAAAUAGAGCACGACGCUUGAAGAAGCUUGAAGAUCGAAAGAAAAGUAAGGCUGAUUCCAAAGGGAUUUCAACUUCAGCAAAUUCAAAACCUGAAUCAAAGAUUCGCCCACUAGUUAGCAAAGAGGAGGCCAUUUGUUUGGCUAAACGUCUUUAUGGCAUUUCAACGCGAAAUAUAUCGGAAUUAGUGUCAUAUGACGAUAAAAAUUUUCUUAUCCACGUUGAUACGAUAAUUAAGAAUCCCGCCAUGGUAUGGCCACAUGGUUACGUAUUGAAAAUUAUCAAUUCGCUUGAUACAAAAAAACCAGCUUAUUUUGAUGGUCAAACGCAAUUGAUUCUAUUUUUACGACAACAAGGAAUCGAGUGCCCAAAACCGGUGAAGAACAUUUUUGGAAAGUAUAAUUCAAUUGAGAAAAUUGGUGGAUCUUCGCAUUUAGUCAGAUUGUUGGAAUAUAUUCCUGGUCAGAUGUUCGAUAAUGUGCUUAAAACGAAACAUCUAUUCUAUCAAGUUGGUCAUUUUGUUGCCAAAAUUGAUUCAGCAUUAAAACCUUUCCAGCAUGAUGGUUUCAAAAACCACACAUUUUUAUGGAUGCUUGAUUCGGUGCCACAAUUGUCAAAAUUGUUGUAUGCAAUCAAUGACAUAAAAAAGCAAGCCUUAAUUCAAGAGGUGUUGAAAGAGUUCGAUGAAAAAGUUUUGGCACAUUCGGCCAAUUUUUCAAAGGGUAUAAUUCAUGGCGAUUUCAAUGAAAAUAAUAUUGUCGUAACAAAAACAUCAUCUGAAUCGAACGAAUUUCGUGUAACUGGCGUCAUUGAUUUUGGAGACGCAUGCUAUUCAUUUUAUAUAUUUGAAUUGGCAAUUACUAUUGCUUACAUGAUAUUACAGACAUCUAAGCUGGAAACAGCUGGAUACGUUAUUGCUGGAUAUCAAGAAUUGCGACCAAUACCAAAUAAUGAACGAGACGUUCUAAAGAUUUGUGUUGCGGCUCGACUGUGUCAAAGUCUUGUACUUGGCGCCUAUACACACACACUUAAUCCAGAAAAUGAUUAUUUGUUAACAACACAGGAAAAUGGAUGGAAGGUACUAUCGAUGAUCUGGGACAAACCUAAGAAAGAACUUGAUGAAUUAUGGUUCACAACAGCUGACGAAUAUUUUGGAGCAAAGUGACAAACGCUAAAAUGUUCUAAAAUGCAAAAUGUUUGAAGUUUAUGGCAAAAAUGUCAACCAGGGUUUAAGAAUUGAAAAGAAAUGUUUCUAGUUUUUUUUUUAAGUAUUUUUCUUUUAUUGAUGAAUAAAAAAAAGAUUUGGGCUAAUCAAUUAAUAUGCAAAUUUUGGAUACAUACAUUUUUGCGCAUUGUAGUGUCUUUGGGAUUAGAAAUUUCAUGAUAUUAUAAUAAAUAUACCAAAGUCCUAUUUUGUGAAUAACAAAGAUGAGUAAAGUAUUAUUCAGUCAAUAUAUUAUUCUAAAAAAGUAAAGAAAAUGUCAACAAAUGCUCAAUAAAAGCUAUAUGCACUGAGUUUUUUCUGCAUCAUUCAUGCAUAAA